AGAGAAUAUCACUAUUGAGCCACAUUUUAUGUACAGAGCUCUCGACGAGUGCUCUGUUAACUGUAUAGCCUAUAUGGAGUAACCAGUCUCAUAUACUGUAUUCUCAUGUACUGCAUGGGUAUGAUACGUGCUCAUAAUGUACGUGGAUCAACAGGAGCAAUAGGCCUUUAAUCUGUUAAUUUUAAAUGUCCGAUUGCAGCAUCAUUACUACAUGAGGCAGAGAGAAAUACUAGGUGAGGUGAUAAGUUGGAGUAACUUGGUGGAUGAUUGAUGAACCAGGAUAUAAUCAACAUGACACAGCAAGUCCUCAUUGAUCCUCUGCAAGAGUCAGAAAUACUCCAGUCAUCCUCUUCUGAGUUAAAUCAACAAGGCAGUGGGUCUUCAUAUCAACUGGUUGAGCUCGAUGCCACCAAAAAUAGAUCCAACAUUCUUAAAAGGACUAAUUUCCGUCAAGAAGAGCGGAAUGUCCUGGUGUCCCUCAUCUCAGAGUACAAGUGUGUCUUGGAUCGCAGAGUUUCAAAGGACGCUGGUAUGAAGUGGCGCCCAUCAAACCUGACUCCCACAGAAGCAUGGCAGUUGAUAACUGAAAAGUAUAACAGUCAACCAGGGUUCUGUAAAAGGGACGCCUCUCAACUCCGCAAGUGUUGGAUGAAUAUGAAGGCACGUUCACAAUUUUCAAUGGCACAGAGACGGCAACUUGGACUAGAAUGCUCUUCUUCAAGGCCGCCCUCUCGGGGCUUUAAGUCAAGACAAAAUGUGCCAGUCAGGCUUAGAAACACUAGCACCCCAACUCUCCUCAACGCUCGAUCGUUUACCAGUCGAAAAUCCAAUCAUGGCAGGACAAGCAAUUCCGCUCAACUGAAGGUCAAAAAGGCUGUAAAGCAGCGUACACAGCAGGAAGGAGGAUACAAUCCACAUAACGCACAACGGAGGGGGUAUCAUGUUACAAAGCCAGCACAGGAGUUUUCCAACUACCAAGGUGACUCUGAUCUGCGGCAAUUUGUACUACAGAACAAAAGAAACAGCCAACGACAGCCGCAGCCUGUACAAAUACAUAGAUCAGUAGAUGACCCACAAUCUAGGGGAGUCCAGGGAUUAUCCGAACUGAGAACAAAUCAGGGCUACCUCAUACAAGAUUUAACAUCAGCAGAUCAGCGUAGUAGUAACAUUCAGGGACAACCUCAGAUGAUAACAGUAUCGCAGAGCUUUGCACAGAGUUCUAACAGAUCACGGCCGAUAGCAGGGCAGCCGCGCACCAUUUUGUCACAAAUGGAGCAGUUCUCACCUCCUAUGCCACAACGAUUGAUGUCAAAUACCAUCACUGUUGGAGAGUUCUUGGGAAAGGCAGUUGAAGUGAGGCAUGAUGACACUCAAGCCCAUUACAGCACUUCUGCCGAAGCUGCCAGUUUAGAUGUGUCAUUGCAACAUCUGCAUUCCGAGGACAAUCAUGGGUCUGCUCCGGAAUCAACAGCUGAUGAAUCGACUAUUACUUACCAGACUGUUAGUCAAGUGAGAUCCAUUGAUAGCAUGGCUGAUCUUGAGUCUGUUCUUGAUACAGGAGGACCCAUCAUAUCAAACGUCACAAGUAUUAGCAAUGCAAGACACAAAGGAAGGGAAGAAACAAAUGACAAGGAUGUGGAAGAAAUUCAAAUCAUUAUCAAAACGGAAGAUGAAGUUCUUGAACAAACUUCUUCAAUAGGCACACAAACCAGAUCUGAAAGAGAUGAAUUGAGAGGGAAAGGAGUACCAAGAGGGGCUGAUAAGCAUAGUCAGCAGGAAAAUGGCAAAGGUUCAAAGAGCAGUACUGAUUCUUCAAUUAAGAAGCCAAGAAAGAUCUCCAUAGACAUGGGAACACAAACUGAAAUAGUCCCUGAGGGUAGAAAUAAAAGAGAAUCUGUGGAUGGAAAUCGGUCUGAAAAAACAAACACUGGUGAGGUUGUUCUUGCCAACUCAAUAUCUACUUCACACGACAAAAAUGAACAUGAAAUGUUGCAGAUAGAACCACAUUAUAUAGAGGAUGAUAUCAUGGAGCAGGAUGACAGUUUCAUUCCUGUGGAAACGGAUCCAAAGGAACAGGAUGAUAUUGAUGACCACCUUGACCAAACCGAAGAUCCUCAUGGCACCUUUGAAGAUAGCGAAAACCUGAAAGAACAUGAAAACAAGGAAGGAGCUGGCUUUGAUUUGGCUGAUGAAGAGAGAAAAGCACGGAUGGAUCUGCUCUUUUAUGAAGUGGAGAAAGCGAAAGAGGAUGCAGGAGCUGCCAGGUGUCGGCGAGAGCUACUUGAAGUGGAGGUACAGGCAGCAAAGCAGCAGAUGGAGCUGACAAGAAGGAAGCAAGAGGCGGAGAUACAGCUCAUGCAGGAGAAAGUUCGUCAAGAAAGAGCCAAAGCUGAUAACAUGCUGAAGACUCAAUCUCCUGAUGAAAAGUAAUUCUGUAUAAUAUACGCACGCACCAGGGAACUAAGAAUAAGGUAGAGGCAUCAGGGUUUUAUCUUAAAGAUUUAACUACUAUCAGAAAAUAGGGCUCAAACACCAAUCAAAGUUUCCAUCACGUUUUAUGCAGUGGGAAGGCCUGGAGUCCAUCUUACAAAGAGUUGCGAUUGAGCCGAUCAAUCACAACUAUGGAAAGCCAGCAAAGUCAACAUAUAAAGGGCAUGUUUGUUAAAAAUAUUUUGUAGACAUGAAUGUAUAGACACGAAUUCAUUGAUAAUUUAUUGUGUUCUCCUUUGUUUACAAAGGAAAUUUGCUGUAUAAAAAUUAUGAUACUGAUGGAUUUCCAUAGAAUUAUGGAUC